AUGGAGAACCCCGACUCUGAUACACCUGUCCUUUCCGCCCUCACCCUUCAGGCUCUGGGCGAAUUCCGUGCCGAGCAAGCACUACAAUUAGACUGUUUUGAGCAGCUGAAUUCUAGUCAUGAUCAAGAUCCCGCGUGGAACCAGGCCAAGGCCUUAUCCAUGGACAUGUUUCCCGAGGACUGGAACGCCAGCCAGUUUUGGGUGGGCCAAUCUACUCACUGUACAUCUCACUCUAUUGUUCCUGACCCGGUAGUGACAAAGUACGACACUGCAUCUGCUACCCUCCUCGCCCAACAGCUUCUUAACGGCAUGACCUCUGACACUUGUAUCGCAAUAAUCUCGACUCCAAGUGUUUUUGUGCAGUUGAAGAAGCUCUUACGGAAGCUGGAGGAGGAAAAACAGCCAGCCAGAGUAUCUCUCUUCGAAUGGGAUGAGCGGUUCCGCGUUUUCGACGAAUUCAUUCCUUAUGACUUCGAGAAACCUGAGAAACUUGACCCUUCUUUGAAGGGCGUCUUCGAUCAUAUCCUCUACGAUCCACCAUACCACAGCGUGGACUGCCAAACCAAAGGUUAG